AUUAUAUUAUUGUGUUGAUAAUGGAUGUCGAAUUGACAUUAACGAGAAAAUGAAUACCCGUUCACCUAAAUUUGGGAUUCGACGAUGGCCCAAAUUGGUUUCGUCGUUCCAAAAGUCCUUCCAUAUGAAAUGAAAGCUCAAACCACAAAAUAGAAGCUUUCUCCGAUGAUUCAAAUUUCCUUUUUCUUUUUCUUCUUCCUGUUAUCUCAAAGCUAAUACGAAUCUUGGUAUUUGCAAUCGAGUUUGUGCGGCUUGUGAAUAUAAUCUGUCAGAAUGUCAAAACAAUCGAAACCAAUCAUCCAAGGUCUGCUCAGACUCCAUUUCCGUAACCAUCCUCAAGUCAACAAGUCAAAACCCUCCUUCGCUAAUGCUUCUUCUUAUCUCUCAUCUGCAUUUCGUCACCAUUUCCCAUCAAAUGCCUCCUCAAAUUUCACAACUUUAACCUCUCAUAUCCACUCUAACCUUCCUGCAAAACCCACCUCUUCAAAUCUCGGUUUAUCCCACAUUCUAUCACCUUCGCAAAAACACCACUCUCUUAACACAAGCUUACACCCUUUUAGACCCAAUCACAAACUUUCAUCUGGGUUCAGGUUCUAUUCCUUUAAAGCCUCACAAUUCGGUCAAAAAGUUGAUGGCAAUUUUGCAAAAAAGGUUUUUGAGAAGCCGGCCGCAGCGGUUUCCUUUGCCUUUUCAAGGUACCGUGAGGCUAUUGGGUUGCAAAUUGAUGCGUUUUUCAAGAGGAACUAUUUGUUUUUAUUUGCCGCUGGAGGUGUUAUAUUAUGUGCUUUGCUUUGGAGGAUUAUGUUUGGGAUCGCAAGCACUUUUGUUGGGAUAUCAGAAGGCAUGGCUAAGUAUGGGUUCCUUGCGCUUUCUUCUGCUAUUGUAGCUUUUGCAGGCCUCUAUGUCCGCUCAAGAUUCACAAUCAAUCCUGAUAAAGUUUAUAGAAUUGCUAUGAGGAGGCUUAACACAUCUGCUGGGAUCCUAGAAGUUAUGGGUGCACCUCUUUCAGGAACAGAUUUAAGAGCAUAUGUGAUGUCAGGAGGUGGGAUUAUAGUGAAGAACUUCAAGCCAAGAUUGAGGAGCAAGCGUUGUUUUCUCAUUUUCCCAAUACGAGGAUCUGAAAGAAAGGGUUUAGUCAGUGUUGAAGUCAAGAAGAAAAAAGGACAGUAUGAUAUGAAGCUGUUGGCAGUUGACAUCCCCAUGGCAUCAGGACCAGACCAGCGAUUAUUCCUGAUUGGAGAUGAAGAAGAGUAUAAGGUUGGUGGUGGAUUGAUCUCGGAACUAAGAGAUCCAGUAGUGAAAGCAAUGGCAGCAACCAAAGAAUUUGAUGAUCUUGACAGAAUUGAGGAAGAGGAGGAUGAGGAAAGAGAACUUCAGGAGGCAGAAAGAAAGCACCGUGAAGAAAUUGAAAAGGUUGAAAAAGUCGGCACUCAGUGAUUGUUUCUGUUUCCAUUUUGUUUCACAGGAGAAUUUUCAAGGUUGGCUGAGGCUUUGACAAUCUCAGAUAAAUGACUUUGCAUAUAGAAGCGCUUUCCAUCUGCAUCAGAGUAGUUUUGCAAUCUUGUUAAUGACCAUCUUCGGAUAUUUUAACUUUUCAGUGUAAAAGUGGAGAGAAAUAAAAGCUUACAAUCGAGGCAUUGUUCACGAUGACAAACCAUAAAUGCUGUCAGCCACUUGCUUCAGAUAAGUUUGGCUGCAUAUGGAAAAUCCUUCAUGUAUCAAUCAUAAUAACUUUGAUUAACAUCUAAAUCCCAUUUAUGUGCUCAGUUGAAUUCUUUAUA